AUGCCCCAGCCGUCCGUCUCAUUUGUCCUGCUCCUCGCCCUCGGCUCCUGCUCUGGCGUGCUAGCCGACGGCCAGACGACUCUCAGCACGGCGAUCGUCAAGCGGGCAUACGCGGCGGCGAGCGGUCCCUCGCAGCUCGCCCCGUCGACGCGGUGCCUUGGGGCCAAGACGCCGCCCUCGCCCCUUGUCGAGGCGCCGAAACUAGCGAAACCCGUCCCCAAAGUUGUCGCGGCGGCGGCGCCGCCGCCGCCGCCGCCUUCGGACCCCGAGAGCAAGUCUCAGCCCCCGGGCACCAAGAAGCCGUGCCCGACCAAGCCGACCAAUCAGGACAAAGUCCCGCCAAGGACGGUACUCGACCGCAAGAACCCGUGA